AUGCAGGCCCCUCACUACCGCAAGAUCGAAUUGCAGUCGCCUGCAGACCUCACAUAUCUCUACGCCAAUGCCGUCGCCCUCUCGCGACAGAAAUUAGAUCUGCAUCUGCCUCCCCCCGCGAACAAUGAGCCCGAUCCCAUGAGAGAGCGUGUCAAAGAACUUGUGGACGAGUUUAUCAAUCAAACAUUUACCUAUGCAUCCGCCUCUAUCAGCAUCAAUGGUCUUGAUUUCAAUCCAUCGCAAUUAGGAGCAAAUUCCGCGAAUAACGCUAAAAAUCCGUUUCCCUUCCCCUCACCGUUCUCUGCUCCCGAGACCGUCGAAUACGAGCCCUACGACACCGAACUGGCGGCCCGCGUCACUUCCCUGUAUGCUCAACUGGAGUCGCUUACUACGACUGUCGCGCAAUUGAGGCGGGAUGCGCCCAAAAGAGCUGCCAAGAAUUAUGCGGAUGCAUUGACCAAGGCGCUGGAGGAGGACGAUGCUGAAGCAGAGCGCUUAGAUCGGCAAGCUGAACAGGGAGUACAGGAUCGGGGUGAUCAGGAUGUUGAAAUGACAGACGAUGCCACAACAAAGACGAAAGACGGAACAGAAGGGGCGGGAGCCGCAAUGGCGUCGUCGUCAGCCAUGAAACCGGAAUGGAAACUCCAGAUUCCCUUUAAUUCGGAUAACGAAGCUGAGCGGUGGCACAAUGGCGAAAUGGCAGAGAUCUAUUCAGACUCGCUGCGAACGCUUCUUCGUCUUCAGGGUGAGGUCGUGGCAGGCGACGAGCAAGCUGACUCGGAAGAGGGAAGCAGAGCUCUGGCGACGACAGUGGGUAAGGCCGAGAGGGCGGGGAGAGCAGCCGAGGUGGUGGAAAAGAUGUGA